UUCCCGUCCCGCCCCAAUAAAAACCGCGACUCUGGUCAAUCUUGACACUGACUUUUUGAUGCGAGGGCCACAAAAGGAGAGGAGAGAGAAGGCUGGCAUCAUCACACAAAAAGGAAUUCGUCUGGGAGCCAUAGACCAACCUGUCCUGAUUCCUGAAGCAGCGGACUGAACAUUCAAUUGCGGAUCUUGAUGCACAUAUAGUCGAAGUCCCUUGCCUUUGGGUUUGAUCACUGCCGAAGCUGGAGCUCCCUUCCAGAUACCUUACCUGCCUGUCUGCUCUUGUACAGCAAGCAAGCUUGGUCCGAUCUUGUAGAUUGAGAAAAGAGCCUCACCAUCGGUUGUCUUCCUCAAGAUAAAUCACACAAACAUCUGCACCUGCUCGGAUUUAUUCUUGAGCCGCCUUUGAGGGCAUUCCACCGGCACACAUUCAGCUCAUUUUUAUCUUUCUCAUUGUUGUCUUGACGAAACUCCACCACACACAUUCCUCUUCAAUUAUACCCCUCGGUGCUUGGGAAGAACAUCUAUCCCACCAGGGAAAAAAUACAUCCACAAACAAAAGGAUGUCAUACACAGACGAUGCCGUACUGGCCAAGCUCUCGGCCCUGAAUGAGAGUCAUGACAGCAUUGCAACUGCUGCUCAAUGGAUCAUGUUCCAUCGUCGUUUUGCAGACCGCACGGUACAGUUGUGGCUCAGCAGGCUCAAGGAGUCUCCAAGCUCCAAACGCCUUAACCUCGUGUACCUAGCAAACGAGGUUACACAGCAGUCCAAGGCUCGUCACAGGGAUGACUUUGUCAACGCAUUCUCGCCAAUUAUCGCCGAGGCUGCUGCCGUGGCCUACAAGGGCGCCUCCUCUGAUGUGCAGAAUAAGCUCAGACGAGUAAUUGACGUCUGGAAGGACCGCAACAUCUUUGAGCCAGCCAUUCAAGCUGCGGUCGAGGCGCGUCUAGAAGAUCUGGACAAGGCCAAGGGCGUACCAAAAUCUUCCAGCUUUGGCGCUCCCGGUCUAUCUGGCCCGGGUGGCUCGGUACCAUCCGAGCUCAGUGCCCUGGUUGCGCCGCAGCAAAAUGUCUCGAAGCAGCAGUUGCCCAUGAAGUCUGCCAUCAGUGCCGCUAAUCAGGACUAUGAAAGGCUCACCAACCCUGCAAACCCCGUACCUACUGCGCCCGUAUACGCUGCGCGGCUCAAUGGCUUGCUCAAGACUCUGGCAACCGCAGAAGGCGCUGUUGCCGAGUGCGUCAAGGCACGCAAGGAGCUUAUUGGUGCCUUGGAGAAGAUGCUUGACUCUAACAGAGAAGCUCUUCGAGCGGAUGAGGCCCAGCUAGUUGAGCUGUCAUCACGCAGGCGAGCAAUCGACGCAAAGAAGAGUGACGUCGAAAUGGCCAUCAUGUCCGGACUCAGCAUGCAAGAGAAUUCUGUAUCGCAUGGUGGCGCCCCGGAUGGACCACCUGCGCCUGACCCAGCUCAGCCCCAGGUUGAGGCCCUCACUCCGCCCUCGGCCGGCGCUGAUGAUGAUAUGUACGACAACAGUGCCAGCUUUGCACCGCCGCCUCCCGAGCCUGUACCCGCCACCGAGCAACCGACGGAGGUGCAGCCGAUGGCCUCUGGAAUCGAGAUGCUCUCCAACAUAGCAUCACAGUACCACUCAGUGCCCACAAACGGCAACACCAACAAGCGUCGCCGUGUUGAGUCUGGGGAGGAGUUUCCGGACCUGGGCAAAGAUGAUGGCAUUGAUCCUGAUGUCAAGGAGAUGCUUAGCAACGAUGUCAAGACAGAAGCCGCUUGAUGGUUAAAGUGUGCUGGUCUACUCUUUGCGAACCGUUUUGGAAGAUAUGUUCAACUCCAUAUCGAUGACUUUGCUCUUGGAGUGAAAUAUUUUCGAAACCAGGAAGAGUGUAUGUUAAGAUUGGUCGUAUGCCGUGUCUUUUGCUUUCAAAAAAUGACGACAAAAGCGUGUGCAUUGCUUAGGAGGAUAUCUCCAAGCGUAUAUCUAGUUCUGGAGUAAUCAUUGGGUGUUGUGUUUUUGAUGGGGAUGAACGGAUGAAUUACUUUUAAACAUGGUAUGUUAUUUACCAACACCAUACCGAAUAAACUUGCCAGGCAAAAAUAUAUUUGACACCUGAUCUCACUUUGCGUCUAGGGUGACUGUCGAUGACGUGAACCUGGGUUCGAGAUGUAAGCUGAGGCUUGUGUAUACUAGAUUAGCUAGUCCAGGCCACAUACGUCAAUCAAUCAUUUCUGUGCUAGAGCUUCCUAGG